CCGACUGUGUUUCCUUCAACAGCUUCACUUGAUCUUGAUCUUGAUCUGCACCUGCAUCACAGUACAGUUUUCACCAUGGGAGGUUGCUCUUCUUCUCCUAAAUCACCUCCAGCUCCACCACGUCCUCCUAUACCUCCACCUUCUCCUACUUUGAAAACUCCGUGGAGACAAGUAUCUUGGGGGAACCAGGCAGAUCUGCAGUAUGUGAAGAAUUUUCAGCUUCAAAAUGACCAAGUGAGACAUGGCAGAGCUUUGCUCUAUGGCCCAGUCGGUGCUGGGAAGUCCAGCUUCAUCAAUUCUGUCAGCAAUGUCUUACGGAGAAGAAUAACCUGUCCAGCUUUGACCAACACAACAAACGAGGAGAAAGGAAGUUUUACCAAAAAAUAUGAAACCCACAACAUUAAGAAGGACGCAGGGCAGUUUUACCCAUUUGUCUUCAAUGACCUGAUGGGUUUGGAAGAAGGGAGUGGACGAGGAGUGAGAGUGGAAGACAUCAAACUGGCCAUGAUGGGACAUGUGAAGGAGGGUUAUGAGUUCAACCCUGCGUCUCCAUUGUCCACGUCUGAUUCUGGCUGCAAUCCUUCACCUUCUCCAGAGGACAGAGUUCAUGUUGUGGUUUGUGUCUACUCUGGUAACAUGACAGAAAUUAACAGCUCAGUGUUACAGAAGAUGAAAGCCAUCAGAGAGGCAGCCAGCGACUUGGGUAUUCCCCAGUUAGCUGUUCUUACCAAAUUUGACGAGGCCUGUCCUGAAACUGAAAAGGACCUGAAGAAUGUGUACAAAAGCAAGCUCGUGAAGAGAAAGAUGGGAGAUCUGAGCUCAAAACUGGGGAUCCCGCUUAACUUCAUCCUUCCUGUGAAGAACUACAGUGAAGAAACACAACUGAAUGACGACAUCGACACUUUGAUCCUGAGCGCACUGAGAAUGAUGAUUGACCUGGGAGAAGACUUCAUUGACUCUAAAUUAUAAACUGACACAUUCCUGACAGUUUCAGACAUACACACUGAUGUAAUACACUCGAUGAAUAAUACAUAAUCCCAGUAUAAUAAGAGUCACUUUUUCCACACAGACUGAUGUUAACUACCAGAUAAAAUAAAAAUCAGGAAGUUUCAGGAAUCAGGAACUCUCUCUUUUCCUUUCUUAAUAACGACUAACUUCACAGAAAUAUAUCGAAGAACAUUUAUAAUCAAAUAAAAUAAAGCUGUCUUUGUCUUUGCAGAAAAAUUUCACACAUGCACUCCAGCCAUGAGCUUGUGUAGCCAUCACCCAGCUCUGCAUGUUAGAAUGCACAUGUGCACUUACGAUAAAUAAAUGUCUCAUACAUUUGCAUUAAACCUUGUAUGGUAUUUAAGUCUGUUGUAUCCUUUUUAAAAUAAGAAUUAU